AUGUUCCGCCCCGCGCGGAAAGCGAACAGAGCGCGGAAGCAAGGGGGAAUGGCCAGGGGAACCGGAGACCUUGGCGGAUGGGCGGGGAGCGCGGAGAACGGAGCGUGGGGAUCAGAUAAUGGGGAUUAUAGAGGGGGGAAUGAGGGGAACGAGUUGGCUGAAAGCAGCAAGGGAGGGGAGGGGAGAGGCGGAGAGGUGAUGGGGGGAAGCGGGGGGAGCGGGGAGCGCGGAGCGACGGGGGAGUGGCGCGCGGAGAGCCACCGCGUGAGUUACGGGCACAUCGUGGACGAACGAGGGGCCACCAUUGAUGAGGUGCUCGUGCUCCCAAUGCUGGCCCCGCGGUCGUACACGAGUGAGGACGUGGUGGAGGUGCACUGCCACGGUGGCAGGGUGUGCGCCCACUCCUGCCUCGCCACCGCCGUCCACCUCGGCGCCAGGCUGGCAGGAGCAGGUGAUGACGUGGCAUGUGGUGAUGUGGCCGCCUGCCAGUGUGCUGUCUGUCAUUUGACAUGGCGGAGGUUGUGGCAGCCCUCAUUCAUCCGCUUCCCUUCUACCCCCCUGCCGCUUCCCUCUAACCCCCCCGACUCUUGUGCGCCAGGCGAGUUCACCCUGCGCGCCUUCCUGAACGGCCGCGUGGACCUGGCACAGGCGGAGGCCGUAGCGGCCCUCAUCCCAACCCCUUUCCACGCCCCUCACUCCCAUCCCUCCUCCCCCCAUGCACGCCAGGCGAGCGAAUUUACUCUGCGCGCCUUCCUGAACGGCCGUGUGGACCUGGCGCAGGCGGAGGCCGUGGCGGCGCUCAUCCGCGCCGACACUGCCGCUGCUGCCCGCUCCGCCCUCGCUGCUGUUGAGGUCCGUCAGUGGGGGAGAGGGGAGGGAGGGGAGAGGGGGGAAGAGGGGCUUGCGUGCGUGCGUGUGUGUGCACGAGUGUGGGUGGAUCUGGCACAGGCGGAGGCCGUGGCCGCCCUCAUCCGCGCCGACUCCACCGCUGCUGCGCGCUCCGCCCUCGCUGCUGUUGAGGUCAGCCCGAAGGAGGAGAGGGGUUGGGGGGGAAGGCGGGAGGAGGUGUGUGGAGAGGCAGGUAUGGUACAGGUGGGCGGCUUAUCUCGUCACAUCCGGGGGGUGCGGGCGGCGUGCAUGGGAGUGCUGGUGGACAUCGAGGCUCAGAUGUCUCCCACCAUCCACCAUCCCACCAUGCAGGGCGGCUUAUCUCGUCACAUCCGCGGGGUGCGGGCGGCGUGCAUGGGCGUGCUGGUGGACAUCGAGGCGCGCAUCGACUUUGAGGAGGAUCUCCCACCGUUGGAUGCUAAGGACGUCAGCCGUCGGAUCGACGCCAUCUGGCAGCAGAUCAACGAGGCCCUCGCGACCGCCAAUCGCGGCCGACUGCUGGAGUAUGGCAUUCAGGUGGGGCUGGUGGCAUUCAGCAUUUUCCACUCCCUUGGCCCCUCCAUCCUGUACGGCAUCCCUCGGCAGGUGGCGAUCGUGGGUCGACCCAAUGUGGGCAAGUCGAGCCUGCUGAACGCGUGGACGCAGUCGGAACGAGCCAUUGUAACGGACACGCCCGGCACAACAAGGGACGUGGUGGAGGCACAGCUGCACCUGCCGCUGUCGGCGGGGGGCUUCCCCGUGCGCCUGGCUGACACGGCUGGCAUCCGCCACACCACCGACGCUGUUGAAGCCAUCGGUGUGCAGCGGUCGGAGGCGGCAGCAGCGGCAGCGGACGUGGUGUUGGUGGUGGUGAGUGCAGCGGAGGGGUGGACAGCAGAUGACUCGGCCAUCUUCCACCGCAUCUCCAGCUCCAUGGCAGUGCAGGCAGAGACACAUGCACAUGCAGAGGGGCAUGCACAUGCACAUGCAGACACACAUGUACAUGCGGACACACAGGGAGCGGUGGAGGGAAGGCAGCCUGUAGAAGCAGGACAUGGGACGAGCCAGCCCCUCGGUGGCACUGCAUCUCCCGCGGAAGCAACAGCAGCGACAGCAGCAGAGAUGGCAAUAGGGCCAGCAGCAGGCGCACAAGAAGCGGAGCACGCAAGGGCAGAGGGCCAUGCGGUGGUGAUCCUGGUGGAGAACAAGAGCGACCACGCACACCCCCUCGGCGUGCACAUCCCAGAGCAGGUGCAGCGCGCCGUGUGGCGCCGCGUGGCCACCAGCGCCACCCUGCGCACCGGGCUGGACGAGCUUGAAGCAGCCGUGGCGGCAGCGGUGGGCGGGGGGCUUGUGCAGGAAGAGGGGCAGCAGUGGGCGGUGAACCAGCGGCAGCAGCAGCAGAUGGUGCGAGCCGCGGAAGCGGUGGGGCGGGUGAGGGAGAGCAUAGGAGCCGGGUUGCCGCUGGACUUCUGGAGCAUUGAUCUGCGCAGCUGCAUCCUGGCGCUGGGGCAGGUGAGCGGUGAGGAGGAUGUGACGGAGGAGGUGCUUUCAAACAUCUUCAGCAAGUUCUGUAUCGGCAAGUAG